CAUGGCCUCACCAGCCCCUCUAAUAUUGCUUGCAUUUCUUGUACCAUACUUAUGUUUAACCCUACCAGCUUAUGCACUAGAUUACAAGCAUUAUAAACCCUUAUCAAGCUAUCUUCCAAGCAAUAUUAAGAAAACUCUUAACACUAUAGACUCAUGCUGGCGUGCCCAAUCAAAUUGGGCCAACAAUCGUCGUGCCUUGGCCGAUUGCGCCGUAGGGUUUGGCAGAGGCGCGAUGGGAGGGAAAUAUGGGGCGAUAUACGUCGUUACUACACCGAAUGAUGAUCCUGUCAACCCUAAACCGGGCAUGCUUCGGUAUGGUGCUAUCCAAAGUAAACCUCUUUGGAUCGUUUUUGCCAAGGAUAUGGUAAUCACACUUAGAAAUGAGCUUAUAAUGAAUAGUUAUAAGACUAUAGAUGGGAGGGGAGCUAAAGUAGAGAUUGCAUAUGGACCGUGCAUAACAAUUCAAGGUGUUAGCCAUGUUAUUAUUCAUGGGAUUAGUAUUCAUGAUUGCAAACCAGGGAAAUCUGGUAGAGUUAUUAGCACUCCUACGCACGUUGGGAAGCGUGGAGGCUCCGAUGGAGAUGCCAUUGCCAUCUUUGCAUCUUCAAACGUUUGGAUUGACCAUUGCUAUCUUGCUCGUUGCACCGAUGGCCUAAUUGAUGUAAUUCAUGCUUCAACCUCCAUCACAAUCUCUAACAAUUACUUCUCCCAGCAUGACAAGGUGAUGUUGCUUGGACACAAUGAUGGAUAUACAGCAGAUAAAGUUAUGAAAGUAACUAUAGCUUUCAACCGUUUUGGCUCUGGACUUAUUGAGAGGAUGCCAAGGGUAAGGUUUGGCUAUGCUCAUGUUGCUAACAAUAGAUAUGAUGAGUGGCAAAUGUACGCGAUUGGUGGCAGUGCUAAUCCAACCAUCUUUAGUGAAGGAAACUACUUUUUAGCUCGUAAUGGUAAUUCCAAGCAGGUUACUAAGAGAGAGGCCAAGAAUGGCUGGACGAAUUGGAAAUGGAGAUCAUCUAAGGAUGUAUUUAUGAAUGGUGCUUAUUUUGUACAAUCUGGAUAUGGAAGUUGUGCGCCACUUUAUUCUAAAACCCAGUCCUUUACGGUGGCUCCUGGGUCCUUGGUUCCUGCUUUAACAUCUGGUGCAGGUCCUCUAAACUGUUUUAGGGGUCAACCAUGUUGACACCCUCAAACAUUUUGCCAAAACCUGUUGCCCGUUCUUCUGUAAUUCUAUUUCCUUUUUUCUUUUUCUUUUUUUGACCUUCCUUUUACCCCUAUGUAAAGUGUUCUUGGGAAGCAUGUAUCAGAAAUUUAGCACUUUGAGAUAUAUAAUUGUAUCAUAUACACAUCUGAUCUGACAGUUAUAUACAAGGACUUUAAACCAGUCCAA